AUGAAGGCCGCUUUCUGGACCGCCGCGGCCGCCCUCAUGGGCUCGGCCAUGGCUGCUGACCAUCGUCACCAUCAUGAGCAUGCUGCUUUGCACCGUCGCGCCGCUGCUGAUGUUGCUGAUAGCGAGGCUACUUGCGGUUGCUACACCAGUGUCGUGACCUACUGGGGCGCUCCUACCCUUGUCUCAGUCUCUGCGACCCCCAGCCCUACUUCAACGUCUACUUCAACGUCUACGCCAACUCCCACUCCAACCACGACCUUGACUAGCACGACAACCAUCCAGUCGACCAGCUACAGCACUGUCGUAGUCAAGGCAUCUUCCUCUUCUUCGGCCUUGCCCUCUCCCUCUCCUUCAACCUCGUCUUCUUCAUCCGCCACACCCCUGCCAGUGGACACCGUGACUGUUUUCCCUAGCCCAGGAACAUACACUAUUCCCGCCACCACUUUGACCGUGUCCUCAUCGACAGUUGUUCCCCAGCCUACCACGACGUCGCUCACUAGCGGUACGCACACCAUUGGUGGUGUGACAACUGUCGUCGAGACUUCGACUACCAUUGUCUGCCCCUUUGCUACCGUCAGCCCCUCUGGUUCUACCGUCACUGAUGUUAUCAUGACAACCACCUAUAUCUGCCCAACCCCAGGUACAUACACCAUUGCUCCAAUCACUACCACUGUUCCCGAGAGCACCGUAGUUGUCUACCCAGUUCCCGCCACUGUGACCCCCGGAACCUACACCAAGUCAGAGCAGACCGUUACCGUCGCAGUGACUUCCUACACCUAUUUCUGUCCUUUCGCCGAUUCUUCCACCAGCUCAAUUGUUGCUGCUGCUGCCCCCACGACUACCGCCUCCCCAGCUCCUGUCUCGACUACUAGUGCGGUAGUCUCGUCUUCUGCUUCAUCCACCUCGUCCUUCUCAUCCUCCUCAUCUUCCUCGUCCAGCGCCCCUGCUGCUUCCUCUAGCUCCGCUGGAACUGGCUCCUCCUUGGGCAAAGUUAGCCCAUACGCCGUUACCUACACUGGCUACAACCACGAGUCUGGAUCCUGCAUGACUGUCGAUGAGGUCAAGACUGAACUUGAGAACAUCCAGGUCAACGAAUACUAUGCUCUUCGCAUGUACUCUACCGACUGCAACCAGAUGGAGACGGUUGCUUCCCAGGCUAUUUCAAUGGGCCUUCGACUCAUCCUUGGUGUUUACAUUGGCAGCGGUGGUGUCAGCUCCGGCUCAAGCCAGGUUUCUGAAAUCGUGAACUGGGGCAAGGCCAACAACUGGGAAGGUAUCGAAUUCAUUCUCCUUGACAACGAGGCUGUCAGUGACGGAUACUGCACUGCGUCUGAACUCGCCAGCUUCGUUACUUCCGCCAAGGAGACCAUCAGUGCCGCUGGUUACACCGGCGAGUUCUCUAUCGCUGAGCCUCUCGACAUCUGGCAGAGCGACGCAUCCACUCUUUGCAGCGUUGUCGACUUCCCUUCUGCUAACUUGCAGGCUUUCUUCAACAGCGACGUCGAGGCCUCGGAGGCUGGUUCGUUCGUUGCCAGUGAGGUUGAGAUCCUCAAGACCCUCUGCCCUCAAACCGAGACCGUCUUUGUUAGCGAAUCUGGCUGGCCCACCCAGGGUGAAACCAACGGAAAGGCCGUUCCAGGUGUCUCUGAGCAGAAGGCUGCUAUUGACUCAAUCCGCAGCGCACUUGGCAACAUGACCGCUCAAUUCUCGUACAAGAACGACGCAUGGAAGAGCCCCGGCGACUUCGGUGUUGAACAGUACUGGGGUAUCUACGACAUGCUCAACGAGUCUGACUAA